CGUAGCGCGCUCUCCUGCCUCCUCACUCACUCUCUCUCUCCCCGCUUCACCCCGGUCAGACCCCCCCCCCCCAUCACACACACACACACAUGUGUACCUGAGCUGGCGGUGGGCUGUGCUGCUGGAGGGGCUUUUCGCCGCAACUUUUCUGAAGGUGCUUGCUCGUGUUUUGGGGGGAGAGGCGAGUGUCCGGCGUCUCCUCUUUCCUUCUUCUCUUCCUCCUGGAAUGCUACAACUGGGCUGAUGGACAUUUCCGAACUUUGCAUCCCUGAUCCUCUCAGCUAUCAUAACCAGCUGCUGAACAGGAUGGCUGCUGAGGAGCGGCACAUGACGUCCAGCUGUGGUUCCUACAUCAAGACAGAGCCCUCCAGUCCAUCCUCUCUGGUGGACACAGCCAGCCACCCCAGUCCCGGCGCACAUUCGGACGCCAGCGGCGGCUACGGCAGCACCAUCAACAGUCACUCCAAUGGCCUGGACUCUCCACCCAUGUUCACGGUGGGUGGGCCGCUGGGCGCAGUGGGGAGCGCCUGCCGUAAACGCUACGAGGACUGUUCCAGCACAUUACUGGACGACCCUGGCUCCAUCAAGUGCGAGUACAUGCUCAACUCCAUCCCAAAACGCCUGUGCCUGGUGUGCGGAGAUAUCGCGUCGGGGUAUCACUACGGUGUGGCCUCCUGUGAAGCCUGCAAGGCCUUCUUCAAGAGAACAAUACAAGGUAACAUCGAGUACAGCUGUCCGGCCACCAAUGAGUGUGAGAUCACGAAAAGAAGACGCAAGUCCUGUCAGGCGUGCCGCUUUAUGAAGUGCUUAAAAGUGGGCAUGCUGAAGGAAGGUGUACGGCUAGAUCGCGUACGAGGAGGCCGACAGAAAUACAAGAGGAGAAUGGAUGCAGGAAACACAGCCUACCUGGGGCUCACACUGCCACCGCCAGCCAAAAAACCCUUGACGAAGAUUGUGUCCCAUCUACUGGUAGCAGAGCCAGAGAAGAUCUACGCCAUGCCAGACCCGACCAUGCCUGAGAGCGACAUCAAAGCGCUUACCACACUGUGUGACCUGGCUGACCGCGAGCUGGUGGUCAUCAUCGGCUGGGCCAAACACAUCCCAGGUUUCUCCAGCCUGUCUCUGGGAGACCAGAUGAGUUUACUGCAGAGCGCAUGGAUGGAGAUCCUGAUCCUGAGCAUCGUCUUCCGCUCGCUGCCCUACGAGGACGAGCUGGUGUACGCCGAGGACUAUGUGAUGGACGAGGAGCACUCGCGGCUCACGGGCCUGCUGGACCUCUACGUGUCCAUCCUACAGCUCGUGCGCAAGUACAAGAAACUCAAGGUGGAGAAGGAGGAGUUCGUCACGCUGAAGGCCAUCGCACUCGCCAACUCAGACUCCAUGCACAUAGAGGACGUGGAGUCGGUGCAGAAGCUCCAGGACGCCCUUCACGAAGCGCUGCAGGACUACGAGAGCUGUCAGCACACAGAAGACCCUCGGCGGGCGGGGAAGCUGCUCAUGACACUGCCGCUGCUCCGGCAGACAGCCACCAAGGCCAUCCAGCACUUCUACAGCAUCAAGAUGCAGGGCAAGGUGCCCAUGCACAAACUCUUCCUGGAGAUGCUGGAGGCCAAGGUCUGAUUGGCUGCUCGUCGCGUGACAUCAUCGAGCCAGAGACUGCGGAGCACAGCCUGAGACGUUUUUAAAGACCUGAAAAAAAAAAUAAUAAUUGGGUUUAAAGCAUAAAUAUAAAUGGAAAAAUAAUUUAAAAAUCUAUAACAAAUACUAUGUACUUGUACAGUAAUGCUUUUUGUUCUUAAUCUGUGCUUAUAUAUGAUGGAAGACACUGUAAGUCAUUUCAGUUCAGCAAAUAGUCAUUUUUUCUUUCUGCUAACUCUCCGUACGUGUCGCCAACAACCUCAGUCCGGCCCUCGGACGACGCCAGGACACCUUGAGGACUUGUAAAUAUUCAUGGCAGGAUUUGACCGAGGCUGGAUGUGGAAGCUGCUGCCGGUUCUUCCCUAAAUGUGAACUUGCUGACGUCCUUGAAAAUACCUCUUCUUGAAUCCUGGGAGGACGACGCUUGUGACGCGUUCAUCCGGGAUCUCAGUCAUCUUACUCUAGUAACUCAGCAAUAAAUCGAGCCGAUGAGGAGCGCCACCUCUUGAGUUGCACUGUACUGCUUUUUUAAACGACUUGUUAUUGUUGUCAUCAGUGUUUCUGCCUAAAUAGUCGGUAGGUGGAGGGGCCGGAGGAUUUAGGACGUGUAGCAGACGUCCAGGACGCUCCGUGUUCAAACAAUCAGAUGCCCGUAUGUCACACAGCCUAUUUUGGGCUUGUUAAGCCACCGGCGGAGGAAACGAGGUGCCCGUCAUCAUCUGUUUUUAUAGCCAUGUAUCUGAAUGAAGGUGGGCGGCAGGUGCAGGUCUUUAUCACCAGCUUUAUUUUUAGGCCUUGGAAGUCGACAGCAGAUUGAACAGGAGGGGUGUUUGACCUCAUGUUGACACAAUAGCAUCGCUUCAAACAUGGCCUUCGAACUCACCGGCCCCAUAAACAGCUUAUUACCCCUCGAUCCACUUGACAGCAGACCGCCGUACGGCCAUAGUCCCAGUUAUCCAUUAGGAAUAUCCCAAGAAACAGCAGCAGUGUCACUGAGUGGACUGAGAGGUCGGCGGAUGCUAAUGAUGUCAUUUACUUGAAGUGAACUGUGGCGUUAUCAGGACUCAAUACUGAAGGAACUGAGGGUUUGAUUGUGUCCUGGGGUGCGUUUCCCAAAAGCAGCUAUCCUCGUUACUCACAUAGUUUAGUGAUUCAGUAGCUAUGUUUCCAUCCAAAGUUUCAAUUUAAACUGGAAUAUUGCUUAAAACAUUUGUGAAGAAAGCAUCCAGUGUGUUCAAGAGAACAAAAUCAUCACUUCUUGAUAAACUUGAGCUAAUUAUCUCCAAGAAAAAAUGUUAUGUGCUACAGUAGGAGAAGGCACUGUAUAUAAUCAUUUUUGUAUACAAUGAAUUACAAGUUUUAGAGCGCGCAUAUGAAAUAUGGUCAUGUUGUCUUGUUUUUAAAGUUUGCUGUUUAGAAACGCAGUUUGGGGAGUUAAUUUUAAUGAAGCACUUUGACAAAACUAGCAUUUCAGAUGCUGUGCGAUGAGAUCGGUCCAUUGGUUGGUACAGUAAUUCUGUCCCAUCACAGUCACAUGUCUUUUUUAAAGUGCAUUAAGUAAUUUAUUCAGUAAAAGUGUUUCUGUCGUAGCUUAUGUGCAUGUUUUCUUACUGGAUAAUGAGUUUAUCUUACUUGGUUGAGUGCAUCUGUUUUUUAUGUGCAUUUUUAGAUUUCAGGCAAAUGAUGUUUGUUUUUAUGCGAUAUCCCAAAAUGUGCAUAAAAUAGGAUGGAAACAUAGCUACUGUUUCUUAAAACCAAACAUUUGCAAACCGUUUGCUUGUGUGGUUGGAAGCACAACUUUGACCUGCGGUUAGAAGCAUCUCGUUGUUAUGACAUGGACUCCAAUAGAUCACUCUCAAUUUGCACAAUUAAUCAGAAAACAUGUAGUCCAUUCUAUUGCCUUCACUGCAUUUAAAUCAAUCGAGUGCUGCAGUCAAAGGCCCCAGGUUUUAUAAUGGGGUUUUUCAAUCAUGAUACUUGGACGUUUUGUUCUCCAGUGUUAACUGCACAAACUCAUGCCUCCAAACAAUCUUAUGUAGUUACUUAUUGCAAACAUUAAUACAAAUAAACAUAACUGCCUUCAUGUUUUCAUUCUGGAUGUGUGUAAUUUACAUUGUAGAGAAAAACAUCCAAGUAUCAUCAAUUUAAAUUUACCACAGACCUUUUACUCAUGUUGAAAAAUGCCAUGAUAAAACCCAUUGGAAAAUCUGUGGUGAAUUAGUUUUCUGGGUUUGGUGUCACUGCUGCAGCACUCUAUACAUAUUUUGAUCUUUUAAUUUUUGUUAUAAAAAUACAAUUAAACCUAUUACGCUCUGCAUAAUAAUUUGAUUUUAAAAAGCAAGUGGCUCUUUGUGCAAAUUAACUAUAAUGUUCUGACAUUAAAAGUGUGGUAACAUUGACGAAAUUAGCAAAAAAGGUCCAUCGUCAAUAGUAUAGAGAUGUAAGAAUCAAACCAAGCAGCUUUCUGUUGCACGUGUGAAAUUUCUCCAAACAGUAAAUGUGACCACAUAUUAUUUGCAAUCUUGAAUUGAUCGAUUAGCAGUUGCUAUUACUCCGUCUCCUCAGUGUGACAGGCUUACUUUGUUAUCAACAACAGGUUCAACGAUGUUACUACAGUCUUGGGAAACGGGGACUAGUUAGUUGCAUUGUUGCCAGGCAGAUUUGUCAUCUUAUGGGAAGCGAACCCCAGGUCCAGUCUCUCUCUGCAGUGCUGAUGUCUCUCUUUGGCUUCCUAAUGGCCAGACACUUCCCAGAAAACCUGCCACUAUCUUGAGCCGACCAGACGAGAUAACCAGAGAGAAGAUAAUGCAGGGAUUAAUUUUAUAUGCUGCGGCGUAUCUGUGUGGAUUUCACAUUAGGGAUCAAUUCUGACUGAAAUCAUGCCAAAGCAGAGCAAACCCAAAUGCUUCAGGCUACAGCACAUAAAGCAUAUUCACGCAUCAUAUGCUAGAACCCAAUUGAUAAUGUAACGCAAGUGUACCACAAUGUUUUAUGAACAUCUGUUAGUCCUGUACUGAGAUGGACACAUAUGCAACAUUCACAUAGCUACCUCAUCAUUUAUCCACGUCUGGACAUUCUGUAAAUACUGUCCUUGAAUUAACCUGUGUCUGUCAUGUGGACAGUAACACAACUUCUGGAUCACUAGAUAACUAGGUUAACUUCUCACAUACCACACUAACCACCAAAGCACACACUAGAUGCAUAUCUGUAAAUGUGUCUUUUAUUUAUUUGCUUCUCUGCAGCAUGUCAGGGUCAGAAUUGCUCCCUCAAUGUUUAAAACGACGAAGGCUUUUGUGUUUCUCCUCAAGAUAUUGAUGGUGUAUAUUAUAUCACUUUGGCCACGCUGUACUGUACAAUAAUAUUGUUCAUUUAACAAACACCUGUGUCACUUUCUUUUUUAUGUCAAAAAUGAAAAAGUAACAAAGACAUAC